AUGACAAGCGGCACGUCCCCGCGACUCGACCCAGCCGUGGCCCUCGAGGAUCUGUUUAGCUUGAACAUGGCCCUGCACUACUUUGGGCGUUCUGAUAUGACGAAAUCCCCGUGGAGAGUUAACCCGUACGAUAUCCUACACGCGUGGAAGCUCUUAAGUUUCUUUUGGCGCAAUGUGGGCAAAUUCGACACGCUCGAGGCGCGCGACGUAUUCCUGGACAACAAGGUCCAGGUUUAUUAG